AUGUCUCUGACCAGACUGUUGGCACAAGGUAGUAAGGGCGCGGUGGCAAGUAAGACGCGUAGGCCAAGCCAUGGUUGCAACAACAACGGAGCAGCUCUCCGCGCUCUCAAAUACUACAGUCGUUGUCCACCCUUUGGUCCUGCUUUCAGUAGCGGACCACCAUGCACGCUCCGUGUCACGAGGCUCGAGUAAGCGCGUCGUCGGUAUCCUCUUAGGCCAGGACAACGGUACCACUGUGAACGUCGCGAACUCCUUCGGCAUUCCGUUCGAGGAGGACGACAAGGACAGCAAGACAUGGUUCUUGGACCACAACUACAUCGAGGGUAUGUGGGAGAUGUUCAAGAAGGUUAACGCACGAGAACGAAUGAUUGGCUGGUACCAUACGGGCCCAAAGCUGCGUGCGUCGGACCAGGAGAUCAAUGACCUGCUGAAGAAGUUCAUCGCACGACCCGUCAUGGUCAUCGUUGACGUCCGACCACAAACGGUCGGCAUCCCGACGGAUGCAUACUUUGCCGUAGAGGAGAUCAAGGACGACGGCACGGAGACACGAAAGACCUUCCUGCACGUCCCCUCCGCGAUCGAAGCAGAAGAGGCAGAAGAGAUCGGAGUCGAGCACCUCCUACGAGACAUCAAAGACUCCACGACCACAACGCUCGCAACGCGCGUCGCCGAGCAGCUCGCUUCCCUCCGCGGCCUCCAGUCGCGCCUGUCCGACAUCCAGUCCUACCUGACCGAAGUCGCCGAGGGCAAGAUGCCUCUGAACCACCAGAUCUCGUACCACCUCCAGGACGCGCUCAAUCUGCUCCCCGACCUGAACGAACCCGAGCUGACGACGAGCUUCGCGACGACGACAAACGACGAGAUGCUCGUGGUGUAUAUCAGCAGCUUGCUGCGGGCGGUGAUCGCACUGCAUGCGUUGGUCGACAACAAGGCGUCGAUAGGGCGGGCAGAGUUGGAGGAGAGCAAGGGCGACAAGAAGGAAGAGAAGAAGUCUGCGAAGGCGGACGAGAAGGAGAAGGGAGAGAAGGAGAAGGACUCGAGUAAAAGCAACACGGGCUUGUAAUUAUUCAUUUCUAGGACGUUGUACUUCGUUUAUUGCAGUCUUUUUCUUCUGC